CGGCCUCAGUCUCUCUGGCUGCUCUGAGCCAGUGAUCAGGAGGAAGAGGCCAGGGGCUGGACUAGCUGCAGGGACCCCCCCCACCCCCACCCCAGGCUGGACCCCACCCUGGAAUAGAUCUCAGCCCCAGCUCCCUCCUUGGUCAGAAGUCGGAGGUUGGGGCGUCAAAGGCCACACCUAUCUCAUCUCCUCUGCAGACAUGUUUAUCACCGUGAUGUUUGGAGCUGGCUGCCGGGAGCUGGUGAACCCCUGGUGCAGCCUGGUGACUCUCACGGCCCACCUGAGGCAGAGAGCGCAGGUGCCCCCAGGCACGACCAUCGCCCUCCUGGCUGAGGAUGGGCAUCUGGUGAGCCUGGUCGAGGGUCUGGAGGAGGGGGCUUCCCCAGCCCCCUCCAGGGGCAGCCCCCUGCUGCAGGAGCGUGCGACCUAUGUCCUUGUGCAGAUCAUCAAGGGUGAGGGCGGGGCUCCCACUCGCUAUGAGUCCCUACUGGAGAAGCUGGAUGACUGGUGUCCAGAGCUGGCAGAGGAGCUGCGCUGGCUGUCGGGCCUACCCGCCAUGGGCGAUGGCCGGAGGAGGCGUAUGGGCACUCGGCAUGGCCACCAGGAGCAAGGCCCUCCUUCAAGGCCCCGAAGGGUGGGCUCCCUGCCACCCAGGACCCGAUAGUGGGGGCCAGGAGCCAGAGGCUGUCGGCUUACAGCAGGCUCCUCCCUCCCCACCCAGGAUGCCAGCCUAAGGUGAAGCAGCAGUCCACCCUGCAGUGUGACAUCCAUCCUCCCCCGCAAGCUUGUCAGCCAGGGUGCUCCUGGCAGACAGGCCAGUGAGAGGACACACAGCAGGCUCUGGUCUAAAAUAAACUCUUUUAAUUGCA